AUGUACAGGUGGGUUAACAGCCUGAAGAAGCAUGCAGUGACCACCCAGCUGAUCCAAAUCGGCAAUGUCCGCAGCUUCUUGAAGUUCCUGAUUGAGGCUGAGCUGCCACAGGUCAAAGUUCCCAAGAAACACCUGCAUGGAACUUUGUUCUCCCUGCAGUCCUUAGCCAAGAUAGCCCGGCAGGAACUUCAGACACACCGCCAAGCUGUACGCCUCAAAAAGUCCAGCAUCCUUGUCAACCCUGCCAACAUCACUGCCUUCAUCAACAAAGCUAACAAGGGGAUACCACUUGCUCUAAGCACCCUUGAGAGGGAGAAGAGCAGGGAGGCACUUGAGCAUGUGUAUGGCUUACUGAGUGGGUUUAUUGCCUGCAUUACUGGCCACAGGAAAGGGGUCAUCACCAACCUUAAGGUCGAGGAGUUUGCCCAGGCAGAGGAGGAUGAGUUGGGCAGGAGAAUAAUCCGGGUGAAAGAUCACAAAACCAAAGAGAGCUUUGGUCAUGCCCUGAUUCCACUCAUGAAAAUUGAGUACAUGUGGUUUUACCGUCUCAUGUACAACCGUCACAAGUAUCCUUGCGGCAAGUCUGAUCUGGUGUUUUCGAACAGCAAUGGUGGCCCUUUCAACGACAUACUGACUUCUUUUCAAGACUGCUGGGAGUCCUUUGGUCUUCCAGGGAGGUCAACAUUCUCCCUGAUUCGAAGCAGCAUAAGCACAUGUGUUGGACGGAGUGUGGAGGAGAGUAAAAGGGGAAACAUCCGCAGGCUGAUGUGCCACUCAACGGCCACAGCAGAGAAAUUUUAUGAGGCUGACCUGGGCUUCAGUGAAGCUUUCCAAACACACAGCCAGUGCACUUGCAAACACCUUCAGAAACAGAUGCAAGACCUACAAGAACACAGAGAAAACAGACCAUGCUGA